AUGAACUCCGAGGAUGGUGUGGAGUUCUUCGGCUUUCGCAAGAUCGAAGCUGGGCGCGAGAGGGGCACUACUCGGGAACAGAGUGUCCUCAAGGAGAAGAAGAUCACAGCUGAUCAGUCCAACUGCUUGGAGGACUUGUUGGAGCAGCUGAAUUGGAGCUUCAAUUGGAAGAAGACGGACGCGAAGUCCAUGGUCGAAGGAGAGAAGCUUCCUGAGUCAGUUCUGAAGCUGCUCACACAGGCCAUCACCAGUGAGACCAAGCUGUCGGGCGAUGCUUUCAAGCUUCUCAAGAAGAUUGGCGACGAUGGCGGCGCAGACUACAAGGGUUUGAAGCUCCUGUACACCGAGAGCCAGACGCAUUUGUCAUCAAGGACUUCAAGGAGUUUCCUGGCGAGAAGGACCCCCCCUCUGACCAAGGAAGCCUUCGAUUUGCGCAUGAAGAAGGUCGCGGCCCAUGCCCAGAAGUUGAACGAGGCCAUCGAAAGCACCAAGGGAAAGAUGAAGGCUUUGACCAACUAG